AUGCGAGAAUUUGUUGAAGACAUACACAAGAAAGUCUAUGUAAACGCAAUUCUUCGAGGUCCGGGCCAAGUCUCCUUCUGUCAAUUCAUUUUUAAGCUUAUGUCCAUACCUAUGUCAGCACCUAUGUCAAUUAGCGUCCCUACCAUCUGUCAACAUACCUUCCGUCUACAAUCCUUUAUUAAUUAUUAUAAAAAUCCAGAUCUUGUCAUCAAAGGGAACGAGCCUCUCCCUCCUUCCGUCUUCCCACUCCUUACAGCAGCAUCAACACCGAUGAGUAAUAUUCACUAUAUUCAUCUCUUGGGAUAUUAUAAGACUGCGCAUAGAAACCAUGCCUUGGUCCAUUACGAGGAAGCUUCAUCAUCACCAUACUUUGUUUACAAUCUGAUAAAUAGGCUUAAAUCAGUAAACAUUCUUGGCCAGACUUAUGAAGGCCAUAAUGAAUCAGGCUAUAAUGAAUCAGGCCACCAUGGUUCCUUUAUUCAAGCCAACUUUUACAGAAGUGCAGGCGAACAUAUACUCGCAUACACAGGUCAAAUUCAAUACCUAUUCACACACUCCUUCACUCCACCACCUACCAACAAAAACAAUCGCCAAUUUCUCUUUAUGCAUUAUGAUCAACAUGUUUUUGCUUUCAUUAAAUUGUUAAUACCAGCUGACAAUCAUUCUCGUUCACUUGAAGAUGUUGAUAUUUGUUAUCCCACAUUUUCUCACGACAGCCAUCAAAGCAUAUCGACAGUGCACAGAAUCUUGCUGCAAGUUGCUACUUCUGAGCAUACAGCGCGUCAAAAUAGCUCAUCUCUGAAAGCCCCUUGGGAAGAGAGCCCUUCAGUUCACUCGGGACUGCUAAAACAGCGUCUUUGCCAAAAAUCGUCUUUAACAUCUGGCGCACGAAGAUCAACUUCUCAAGACCACGGGGUUUUCAAUAUCGGGGGCACCACUCCCAGAAUGGUCGCACUAUCUACUGACCAGCGUCGACCAUUCCAAGCUGGUUUGUUAGCUAAGAUUAAAGGUGCUCUUCGCAGUUCCAGACCUUACAGCUUGACGUUUCACCAGACCCACCCACAGACCUCACACAAAACAAUUGGUGGACUCAUACCCUAA